GAAUCUAAGAAUGCCUUCCAAGAGUCUGAUUUGACAACGAGAAAUUCAAAUGCAAACCCAAUUGAUGAAAUUAUAGAGGAAGAUGAGGAGAAAGAGGAAGAUGAAGACACAGAUGAAGAUGAAGGGAUUGUUAUAGUGCUAGAGCUAGUACGAGAAGUGAAGAAUAUCCCGAAACCAGCUUGUUUGUUGACUGUAUCACAGGCAAACUCAAUUAAGCAGAGUAAUUCCGAAUUUCCAUAUUUCCUCACCACUUUUCUUGAAAAAUGA